AUGGCGAAUGCGCUGGAGGUUCCCCGUCAUUUGAGACGGCCUGGAGAUGAUGGCUAUCUGACUCCCAUGAUCGAAGAUACAGAAAGGCAAUUGGAGCUGUCGAGUUAUUUUCCCGAGGACUUAUCCCAUCUUCAUCUUCAUCGCAGUUUAGGCGAAGCUCAUGCCUCCACUCUCGAAAGAGUAAACUCUCUCGUUCUUCGCCCAAAUCGAAGUCGUUGUAGUGCAAAUGGCGACUGCAUUUCCCACUACUGUGCAGAUCAUGCCGAGCGGCUUCCUUCAACCAAGGAGGAAGACAGGGAAGACGAACAAAGCAGCGGGAAGCUUGGCUUUAAGCAGCGCAUCCGUCAUAUGACAUGGGCUUACUUCACCUUGACCAUGGCAACAGGCGGAAUCGCCAAUGUCCUGCACCACAUUCCGAGUUCUUAUAGAUUCCACGGCCUGGACACUAUCGGCCUAGUCAUUUUCCUGUUAAAUAUUGUCUUGUACGUCGCUAUCUGGGGCUUGCUCCUCGUGAGAUUUACAUCAUUUCCGUACACCUUCAAGGCCUCCUUUCUUCAUCCGACUGAGUCAUUGUUUGCUCCUGCAACCGUCGUUUCCUUCGGGACUAUAUUGAUCAAUAUAUCCCAGUAUGGACCAGAUCGGACUGGCCCCUGGCUUCUGGAUGUGGUGCGGGUUCUGUUCUGGUUCGAUCUGGCACUUGCAUUCUGUCUCUCUGCAGGCGUCUAUCUUCUUUUGUGGUCUACUCAGACUUUUACCAUCGCUCAAAUGACCCCCAUUUGGAUUUUUCCGGCCUAUCCAAUGUUGAUUAUCGGCUCUCAUGCCGGAGUUCUCAGCGCACAAUUGGGGCCGGGCCAGUCUUUUUACAUCAUAGUAGGCGGUUUCACCAUCCAGGGCGUUGGAUUUCUGGUAUCGCUGAUGGUCUAUUCCGCCUUUAUUUACCGGCUCAUGACGCAGAAGCUCCCAAAGGAAAACUUACGACCGGGAAUGUUCGUCUCUGUUGGACCGAGUGCCUUUACUGUUGCAGGAGUUCUCACCAUGGCAGAAAACGCCGAGAGGGCUUUCCCAUCCGACCUCUUUGGCAAUGGCAAGCUCGCGGCGAUGAUUGUGAGGGUGAUUGCAAACUUCACCUGCCUCUGGCUGUGGGGACUGGCAAUUUUUUUCUUUUUCAUCGCAACUUCUGCACAUCUCCCCCCAGUCAUGCAAGGCGGUCGAAUGGUCUUUUCAAUGACUUGGUUCUCCUUUGUCUUCCCAAACACGGCAUUGAUAACAGCAACAUUUGCCAUUGGUAAGGUGUUUUUGUGCAGGCCGAUAGAAAUCCUGGGAUUGGCCAUGACCGUCCUGCUGAUUAUAGUCUAUCUUUUCGUUGUCUACAUGAUGAUACGCGCAAUCGUGCUGCACCACAUAUUAUGGCCGCAAAAGGGCGAAGACAAGGACGAAGGCGGGUUUCGAAUUGCAGAAAUUAAGCCUGAGUCGCCUCUACGAGGUGUGACGCCUGUGUGA